AAAAUUAUUCUCUUCUUUUGAAACCGCCACUGCGUCUUAGCCUUUCCUCUCCCACCAGGGCCAUAUUGUUGCUCUGGUGCGUCUAGAAUCUUCUUUAUGAGAGGGUUUGUCAUCUAGCAGUACUAUUGAUAAUGGCUGAAGGCCUUUAUCGUAUCGGAGAGUGUAUUUUUAUGGAGGUCAACCCGCCUCCCACUCCGUACCAAAUAUGCAAAGUAGAGGAGUUGAGAAAGAACAGUAAAGGCAGCGUUGAGGUUGCGGCUAAAUGUUUCUACCGACGCAAAGACCUUCCGUCGCAUCUACUUCUAGCGGCUGACAGACAUGCAAUGGCCGUUGAGGAAGAGAAUGAAAUGGAUGCUACGAUACCUCGUGCUAAUAAUUAUCACAAGUUGACCGACCUCCAGAAGCACCAGAUAAAGCACAGGGAGCUCUUCCUCUCUCGUCAGAUUGACACUUACAAGAUUGACAUGGUCAGAGGAAAGUGUUCUGUUAGCUUUCUGAAUGAACUGGAAGACAUUUCCUCGUACAUGGAGAAAGAGGACACGUUCUUCUAUACGAUGGUCUAUGAUCCGAACCAAAAGACUCUACUGGUUGACAAGGGAGAGAUUCGUGUCGGAGGGGACUACCAAGCUGUCGUACCCCCGUACAUCCCCCCUCGUCCUGGAUCAGAGAAAAAACUAGUCCAUCCUGGGGACCAGCUGUGGGAGCCAAACAAGAUGGCUGACAACAAGGUGGAGCAGUUUCUGGUUGUCUCACGCUCAAUUGGCACGUUUGCUCGGGCUCUUCUGGACGGAUCAAAGAAACCACAGAUCAGCUUGAGACUUGGAGCAGCUGCCGCCUCUAGAGAUAUCACACUGUUUCAUGCCAUGGAUGUGCUUCAUCAAAGCUCUUAUGAUAUAAAUGCAGCCACUGGUAAGCUUGUACCCAGGGGGCCUGUGCUCUGUGCUGAUGAAUUGGAGGCGUGGUCACAAGAGGAAGCCAAGAGGUUUGAGGAAGGACUACAAGACGAGAAGAAUUUCCUUUACAUCCAAAGACGCUAUUUACCGUGGAAACCGCUGAAGAGCAUAAUAGCCUAUUACUACAUGUGGAAAACAACCGACCGAUAUCAAAUACAGAAGCGGCACAGGAUGAUUGAAAAGCAAAACGAUUUGAAAGAAGUUAUAGUACACAUUAGGACACCAUCGGGUGCACCUCCCAGUGGACCAAGAGAUCUAACUGGAAAAGCAGCUUCUGCAGGAGAGCUCAACCUGACCAUACCGCCUGAGAACACUCCAAUCCCUCUUGCUAGUGAUGGAGAGAAAGGCUGCGAGAGUUGUCGUAUUACUGUCUCCACUCGCUGGGUCUCCUGGGGGCCAGCCCACGACCACUGUCGCCUCUGUGGACACUGCUAUGUCUACUGGAGGAAGUACGGUGGACUUAAACUACCAUCUAGAUGGGAAAUUGUUGAAUGUGAUGCUAGUACUGCUGGGGACAUUGUUGCUCCACUUAUUGAGAAAAAACCACUUAAAGAGCGACAGGAUAAAGCUAAUAAAAAGGGGAUUAGAGGUAAAGAUGACCUCACCUGCAUACCUCACCUUCCAUUCAACAUGAUACCAUCCGCCACUGUGCUCUACACAAGGGAGAAAGUUGGAAGGACUUUGUUACGCAAGGCGGCUCGGGUCUCUAACUUUUUGAUCAGCCCUCCUCAUUCUGUUGUCACACCUUCGGAUAAAGAGCUUCAAGAAGCAAUCGUUAAGCACAAGAAAAGGCAGCGGUGUCAAAUAGACAAGAAGCUUGACAGAGUUAGGAAGGCUCUCUCCUCUCCUCCCAAACAGAUCAGACUCCACAACAGCCCCAUGCCUAUAUCACCAUCAUAUAGAGCUAAGCAAGCUCCUAGACUCUCGUGCAAGCCUACCGGUGGAUCUGGAGCUAGUAGUACCAUAUCUACUUCUGGUACUUACGUGCCACCGAAACCUCCUCCGGGCUCUCCUCCCCUACUGGCCACAGCUGUUAGCGCAGGAAGCUAUGGAAACAAUGUAGUACCAGUAGGGAGAAAGAGAGAGCCCCCCGAACUUGAAGAUAUGAGAUCGGCAAAGAUUCCAAAGUCAAUGGAUGCUUCCGGUUUAGUGUAUAAUGAAGUCUUCUUUAAGGUCAAUAACCAGAUCAGGGAUGUCAGGCAGGGUCAUGGAAGGAAGAAGAUAAGGAAAUUGGCUCGUCUGUCAACCAAAACUACUCUUGAAUGAAUUAAUGACUAUCCUCCCUUCUCCCAUCUUUCUGUUUAGCUCACAAAAUAAGAGUUUUUUGUGCAUAGUA